AUGCCCGCCUACUUCUAUCACCUUAGCUUGCAACUCCUCUCCCACAGUCGAUCUGACGUGCCAAGCUCGCAAAAAUCAUCCUCCUUCGCACUACAGUCCGCAUGGGAAGCUCUCCAACCAUUCCAACAACGGAGCCGGCCUUCAACCUCCAGCCGCCUAGGAGAUAAUCAAACCCCACCAAACCCAGACCAGAGUUUGGCGCAUCGCCAGAAACUCAUCUCCACCCUCUCCACCGAAAUCGCACCCACCCCACCUCGAACCACUACCUCCGCCAACACUUCUUACGAUUUCAAUACAUCCUCUACUAGCUCCUCAGCCAGCACAACCCCACUCGAAGACGACAAGCGCUUCGGCGCUGUCUCCAUCGAGUGCAUUGACAUGGUCACCCCAAAGCAUCAGCCCAAACGCAGCUCAAAGCGCGGCUCCGUGCCCUCCAUAGAACCAGAGAACCUCGUCGCCGCAGGUAUCGGUACCGACAUUCUAGGCGGUCUCCGCACAAAAGGCCGAUACAUCCCACUCGAUUAUGAGCUUGCCGAAAGCGUCUGGGGAAUUGUACAUCUGUACCGCGAAUUGCAGGAGACGCCCUACCUCGGAAACGAUGACGAAUACCCCGCCUACCUGAAGGGCUCCUCAGCUGCGGCCCGCCAGCCCGUCGAGCAGCAGGCUACGUUGAGGCAGGGUCUAGCAGGUGCGGCGGGUGCUAAACAACCCGGUGCAGCGGGUCUUGCCGAAUAUCCUUUUCCUGAGACAAGUUCUUCCUCUGCGCAAAGUCCUGAUGAGGAUUGUACGACACUCUGUAUACUCGCUGUGCCGUCUUAUCUGUCGCCGGUGGACUUCUUGGGGUUCAUGGGACAGCAGACUAUGGAUGAUGUCAGUCAUUUCCGGAUGAUUAGGACUGCGCGCGCGAAUCGGUACAUGGUUUUGAUGAAGUUCCGGAGCGGGCGGAAGGCGAAAGAGUGGCAGAAGGAAUGGAAUGGCCAUGUGUUUAAUAGCAUCGAGCCCGAAACCUGCCAUGUUGUUUUUGUCAAAACGGUCGAAAUCCAAGUUGUGGAUGCCGAAACACCAUCUGCUGAAUAUGGCGCCCUCUCCUCCAACAUCUCGACCCCUUCUCGACCCCCGGUGUCCUCUACCGGACAAGCAACUCUUAGCGGCAAACCUCUCGCACCACCUACCCCUGCACUUAUCGAACUACCGACCUGUCCCGUCUGUCUAGAACGAAUGGACGAAACUACGGGGCUCCUAACAAUAAACUGCCAACACGUCUUCCACUGCACCUGUCUCCAAAAAUGGAAAGGCAGUGGCUGCCCCGUUUGCCGAUACACACAAGACGAUUAUCGCAAAAGCAACGCAGCCCUUGCACCAGACGAGGAGCCCCAAGAAUGCAGCAUCUGCCACUCAGAAGAAAACCUCUGGGCCUGUCUAAUCUGCGGCACGAUCGGCUGCGGCCGCUACGACAACGCCCACGCCUUCGCCCAUUGGAAAGAAACAGCCCACGCCUUCUCCAUGGACCUCACCUCUCAGCGCGUAUGGGACUAUGUAGGUGACGCCUACGUCCACCGCAUCAUUCAAAACAAAACAGACGGCAAACUCCUCGAGCUACCCGCAGCGGACCACAGCGCCCUCGACCCACCAGACUGGGGCGACGCCGUCCCCCGCGAGAAACUAGAAAACAUGAGUAUCGAAUACACACAUCUCCUCACCAGCCAGCUUGAAAGCCAGCGCGCGUACUUUGAAGAAGUCGUCGAGCGCGCCGUCGAUAAAGCAUCGCAGGCUAGUGCCGCCGCCGCUGUGGCGGAGGUUAACGCUUCCAGCGCCUCAUCGUGUCUGGAAGAAUUACAGGCGAAGUAUGAUGCCGUGACACUUGAGACGCUGCCGUCGCUUGAACACGAUCGCGCACGUGCGGAGAAAAAAGCGGAGAAAUUCGAGGCCCUGGCGCGCUCGUUUGAGAAGGGAUUCCAGGAGGAGAAGGCUAUGAAUCGAAAUAUGUUGUUAAAGUUGGAGAAUCUUGCUAAAGAGGUUGAUGGGCUUAAGGUUGCGAAUGCAGAUCUCGCGGAGCAGAACCGCGAUUUGACGUUCUUCAUUAGUGGCACGCAGAGGUUGCAGGGGCAGGGUGAGGAGGUUGAGCAGGGGACUGUUUCUGUACCUGAGCCCCCGGCUGCUUCGAAGAAGAAGAGAAAGGGGAAGGGGAAGAAAUAG